ACAAGUAAAAUCGACGCCUCCCUCAUUCCAGGAUUCCAUCUCCACUUGCGGUUCGGAGGGCUUUGUGACAACCUGUCUCCGAGGAGAGACGGCAGAAUGGUUGCCGUAGCAACGUAAACAAAGUCGGAGAAUACGGCCUCAGCAGAAUUCACUUCGUUUUAACGGGUGCCGAGUGCGCGCUCUCUUGUCGGUUCUUGCAGCAGCGGCUUCUGCAAGUCUCAAAAGCUGACGCCGUGCAGGGGGAGUCACUGUACCCCGGAGCUGGUUCUUCAGCAGCUAGAAUCCUUACUGGAUGCCAUAGAAGGACUGAUACAUCAUUAGGUGAUCUCUUGAGGGAAGAGUUGUUACAAUCCCAUUACUUCAAAAUGUCCAAGUUGCCGUCUACACACCAGAAGACAUUGACCUAUGAUGAAGAACCUCAUGAGUCUAUCUGUAGCAGUCCUUUACCUGCAGCCAUUGAAUUUCCAGCUGAGUCCAUGGUCAAGGAGGAGAACUCAGAUGAUGGGAGGGAAAACCCUUUCCACCUAUCCCCGGACAUGGACUUCUUCUUGCUCCGAGACAGAGAGAGAGAAAAGCAUCGGCUGGAAAGGGAGGCCAAGAAAAACAUGAGGGUGUAUGAGAAGAUGACCUAUUCCUCAAAGAUAGCUGCCAAGCGCACCAACAUCCGAAGGCAACUACAGAUGGAAGACCACAUGGAGGACCAAGCUCUGCAGGCUGAGGCCCAGCGUCUCCGAGGCCUUCGGGAGAGUGCCUCCUGGAAAAUCGCUGUCACCAAAGAUAAGAAAAUUGAGAGAGAGAGCUUGGACAACUACAUCGAAAAGAAGCGACAAAUGUUCCUGAUCCAGUAUGCCCUGGAGGUGAAGAGAGAGGAGAUCCUGAGACUGGAAAUGUUGGCCACCAAGGAAGAGAUGAAGCUGGAGAAGGCAGAAAAGUUCCUAGAGAAGGAUGCGACUCUGUUUGAUGAGUUCCUGAAGGAGAACGAUCGGAAUUCUGUGCAGGCCAUGAGAAUAGCCGAAAAGGAGGCCAAGGCGAAGAUGGAGAAGAUCAUCGAAAUCCGAGAUAUCACUGCACAAAUCUUAAUGGUGAAAAGUGAGAUCUCCAAGUUUGAAGACAACGUCCAGAUUUUCAAACUCUAUAAGGAUUUCCUCUAUAAGCUGUCCCCCAGGGAGUGGCUGAUGACCCAUGCCAGGAAGCAUUUGGCCCAUGCUGCUGCCAAGAUGACCUUAGACCGACAGAGAGAGAGUAUUCCAUUUUUGCCCAUGGAAAAAGAGGGAAAGGGCAGUCGGAGAUCCAGUCUGAACACCCCCAUCCUCUCAUCAUCUGUGAGCGAAGCAGUGAUUAGCAAGGAAGACAAAUCCUCCCCCACGUCAUCUUCAUCCCAGGAUUUACAGCCUCUGUUCAGAAUUAGCCCCAGCAAGAAUGAGUCAAGUCCUACAGUGUUCUCUGCCAGAACAGAUGAAGCUGAUAGUGACGAUGAGCUGGACCUGUACUUCACAGAACCUCAGCAGCUGCUGGACAUUUUCACUCAGCUGGAGGAGCAGAACCUGUCUCUGAUUCAGAACUCCCAGGAGACGGAGGAGGCCCUGGAAGAGAUCGACAAUUCCAUGAGAAACGCACGGAACAAAAUGGAUCGAGAAAUCAACCAGCUGAAGCUGCUGUCAACCACUCUGAUGACCUCCAUCGCUAAGGAAGAGGAGGUCUCUGCAGACUUGCAGCUCAAAGCCCGUGUCUUCUCUUUUGGCGAGUAUAAGGGUGAUUACCAGAACAAGAUGUUGGCCAGCCUGAACAAAAAGGUGGUAGAAGUAUACCACCGCUGUAUUGGGGACUGUGAGUCCAGCCUGGGCACCCUGCAGAUGCUCACUAUAAUUGAGCACCAGCUGGAUGAACUCCUAGAGAAUCUGGAGAGGGUCCCACCAUGGAAGGUUGAACAAGUUGAGAAGGCCAAAGAGAAGGAGAGAAGGCUAAGGCUGAGGGAAGAGAAAGUAAAACUCCUCAAAGAUUUGCAGGAGGAGCGGCUCCAGAGAGCCCUGGCCAGGGCCCAAGCGACUAUCAAGAAAAAGACGGGCAGAAAGCUCAUGUAUCGCUCAGAGCCAGGGGCCAGGAAGUCCAGGGUUGAGGAGGCUGACCGCAUGUACGACAAGGAGAAAGAAGAGCUCCUCUUCUUCUUCACUUAGCUCACACACGCACUCGCGCACACACACCCCACCGCGGAGUUGGCGGAACACUUGUAAGAGAUGUAAACAAUCGAAGCAAACAGACCGUACUGGUUUACUUGUAUGAUUUAGAGUCGCUCUGACGCCCUUCCCAGUGUCCCUGGACACAUGUUCUUUCUGUGCUUGUAUUUAAACUAAAAUAAAAGUCCAUGCUCCUUUUGGUUGUGCAAGGAGGCCCCUUUAAA